AUGUCGACCCCAACUCCUCCCGGUGGCCAGCGCACUUUGCAGAAGAGAAGACAGGCACAAUCUGCCAAAGAUAAGCAACAGAAACAGACUCCAGCUUCGACGAGACAAGCUGGAUUUGGCGGAUCGUCGAAUAGCAUUCUCAAGCUUUACACUGACGAGGCCAAUGGACUAAGAGUAGACCCAUUGGUGGUUUUGUUUUUGGCGGUCGGGUUCAUUUUCUCGGUCGUGGCCUUGCACGUCGUGGCCAAGAUCACUGGUAAAUUGUUUUAA